CUCAUUUCCGCAUUCCAGUAUUUUAAAAUCAGCGCAAUGAGGGUCAACACUUCCGGUGUGGGAGUGUUAUGUGAUUAUUUUCGCGGUUGGUAUGCGGGAAGGAAGCUGAACAGCAGCUAUUAAUAUUUCCAGUGAGGAAGUGAACGGGGAGAUUUGAGACACGAUGGAGUCAGAGGGAGGAGGAGGAGUGGAGGACCUGUCCCCUUCACCUGAGAGAGGAGCAGGUGUGUGUGCUGGGAAUGAGCAGCAGGACGGGUUGGUGUUGGUCAAUGAGGAGUGUGUGGAGAAACUGAGUGAGGGUCUGAUCUCACACUACCUCCCAGAUCUCCAGCGCUCCAGAGACGCACUGCAGGAGCUCACACAAAAUCAGGAUGUUCUGCUCGACACCCUGGAACAGGAAAUAACCAAGUUUAGGGAGUGCAACUCUCUGAUGGAGCUCAACGCUCUGUUCACAGAGGCUAAAGUUUAUCACAGUAAGCUGGUGAACAUGCGCAGAGAGAUGAUCAGCCUGCAUGACAGAACAUCCAAACUGAAGAAGCGAGCUCUGAAGUUGCAGCAGCAGAAACAGAAGGAGGCGCUGGAGCGAGAGCAGCAGAGAGAGAGAGAGCUGGAGAGAGAGAGACAGCUCAUUGCCAAACCAGCCAAACGCACCUGAACACACACACACACACACACACACACACACACACACACACACACACACGUUGGUGUUUUAAGUGAACUGCGUGUGUGGCAGAUUGGGGAGACGCAGCUCGGAGUGUGAGGUCUCGUCCUAAACACUCAUCAUGUCUGAUAGAAGUGUUUUAUUAGUGUUUAUUCAGCAAGAGGAAAAACGAUCAUGCCAUCAUUCAUCUCUCUCUCGUGCUCUCUCUCCUUCUGGCCCGUGUUCUGAGAGAGAGAGAGAUGGAUGUGAACGUUCUGCCGCUGAACCCUUCCCCUCAGGAUGAUUUUUACUCUCCGACUCCUCCUCGACCCCGAGCUCAGAACAUGCCGCUGUCUCGCCAUCAGCAGUAAACAGAACCGGUUUAUGGCACACAUCAGUGGGUUACAUCUACAACACUGAGUGUUCAGCUCUCUCACACACACACACACCCAGGACCAGUCAAAAGUUUGUAUGCCCCUUGUAAUUCAGUGUUUUAUUUUUAUGAAUCGAAUCACUUCCUGUCUUGAUGGAUGUCGUUUCUCUUUACUGAAUUGUUUUGGUUCUUGACAUAACAUGGAUUUACUACGGUUGUGUUAUAGGGCUAUUUACUGUAUUUUUAUUCUUUACUGUUUGAUCUCUAACACAUUAAGAAGAAAAUAAACUCCUCCACUAAUGACCUUUUGAUGAGACACGGCUGUUAAUUGUAAAGUAUUCCAGGUGCCUCCCUCAUGAAGCUGCUUAAGAGAAUGCUAGCAGUGUACAAAACGCCAUCAAGGGAAACGCUGGAUACGCUGAAGAAUCUAAAAUAUUAAACAUUGUUUUUAACACUU